CCUUAUCGGCGGGGGGGGGCGGGGGGGGGCAGAGCGCCAUGGCGGGGCCCGGGCUGCUGCUGGCGCUGGGGGGGCUCCUGGGCAGCGCCCGCGGGGGGGCGGGGGGCUUCGACCUGGAAGUGGGGGCGCUGCUGGCGGCGGAGCCCCGGGAGCCCAAGUGCUUCUCGCGGCGCCUGCACGACCUGACCUGCUUCUGGGAGCGCCCCGGGGAGCCCGACCCCCGGCCCUUCCGCCUGCUCUACCGCCUGGAGCCGGAGCCCUGGCAGAGCUGCCCCCUGUCUCCCUGCCGGAGCCCUGGCAGAGCUGCCCGCUGCGGGCGCAGGCGCUGCCCGGGAACCGCUCGCGGUUCUGGUGCUCGCUGCCGCCCCCCGCCCUCGUGGCCUUCGUCCCGCUGGAGCUGCGGGUGGUGCCGCACCCCCCCCCCCGCCCCCCCCGCGCCCUCCCCCGCCCCGCUCCUGCAACGCACCCUCUUCAUCGACCAAGUCGUGCUUCUGGGCCCCCCCGAGAACGUGUCGGUGGGGCCUGGGGGGGCGCGGGGGGAGGUGUGUGUGCGCUGGCAGCCCCCCCCCAGCCCCUACCUGGAGUCCAGCCUGGUCUAUGAGCUGGCCCUGCGCGCCCCGGGGCUGCCCCCCCGCACGGUGGGGGUCCCGGCGGGGCGGCGGGAGCAGCGGGUGGGCGCCCUGCGCGGCAGCACCCGGUACAGCGUCCGCGCCCGCGCCCGCCCCGACGGGCUCAGCUACGGCGGGUUCUGGAGCCCCUGGUCCCCCCCCGCCAGCGCCGUCACCCCCCCGGACGUGGACCCGGUGACGCUGGGACUGUCCUGCCUGCUGGCCCUGCUGCUGCUGGGGCUGGGGCUGCUGGGGCUGCUGGGACACCGCAGGGCGCUGCGGGAGAAGCUGUGGCCGCCGGUGCCGGGCCCCGAGCGGGAGUUCGAGGGGCUCUUCAGCGCCUACGGGGGCAACUUCCAGCUCUGGCUGUGCCAGGGGGUGGGGGCUCCCUGGGCCCCCCCCGGGGGUGUCGCCGAGGCCGAGGAGCUGCCCAGCACCGUGGAGGAGGUGGGGUCCCCCCCGGGCAAGGGCCCCCCCUCCGAGGAGCCCCCCCCGGCCCCCACCGCCCCCCCCGCCGGCCCCUCGCCCGCCUCCAGCUUCGAGUACACCCUCUUCGACCCCGGCUCGGCCCUGCUCUGCCCCCGGGCGCCCCCCCCGGGGGACCCCCCCGGCACCCCCCCCGCCCAACGGGCCCUACGCCAACCUGGCCCCCCAGAAAGGGCCCCCCCCCGAUGCUGACACCCCCAAAUGGGCCCCCCCCGCUGACGGGGACCCCCCCGGGCUGGGCCCCCCCCGCCCCAGCCCCCCCCUACGUGCUCUGCUCCUAAGGGGCGGGGGGGGCCUGGGGACACACCCACGGCGGGGACAGGGGGGCGCGGGGGGGGGA